CACUAAAACUGGAUAAGACUUCAUUUUAGUCGAGUCACUUCAUCGAUACGAACACUCUAAAGAUAACUUACUAAUCUAUGUUAAUGCAAAGCAAAUCCCAUCUCUAUCUCUAUCAUAUUUUGUCCCGCACUGAGUUAAGUGCGUUUGGUUUUGUCCUUAAAUUUCUACGAAGUCCCUACACCACACGCCACGAUGGGUAGGGAGGACAAGGCUACUUGGAAGUCAAACUACUUCACCAAGAUCAUCCAACUGUUAGACGAGUACCCAAAAUGUUUCAUCGUGGGUGCAGACAAUGUGGGCUCGACCCAAAUGCAGCAGAUCCGUAUCUCGCUGCGUGGUCACAGCAUCGUUCUCAUGGGCAAGAACACCAUGAUGCGCAAGGCCAUCAAGGACCACAUGGACACCAACCCAGCCCUUGAGAAGCUCCUCCCCCACAUCAAAGGAAACGUAGGCUUCGUGUUCACCCGCGGAGACCUCGUCGAUGUCCGUGACAAGCUGCUGGAGAACAAAGUGCGUGCCCCAGCCCGUCCCGGUGCCAUCGCCCCUCUGUCCGUCGUCAUCCCCGCCCACAACACCGGUCUGGGUCCUGAGAAGACCUCCUUCUUCCAGGCUCUCUCCAUCCCAACCAAGAUUUCAAAGGGUACUAUUGAAAUCAUCAACGAUGUGCACAUCUUGAAGCCCGGAGACAAGGUCGGUGCUUCCGAAGCUACCCUCCUCAACAUGUUGAACAUCUCUCCCUUCUCGUACGGUCUGGUUGUCAAGCAGGUAUACGAUUCUGGCACUAUCUUCGCGCCAGCAAUCCUUGACAUCAAGCCUGAGGACCUCCGCGAGAAGUUCUUGGCUGGUGUAGCCAACGUUGCCGCCCUUUCGUUGGCUAUCGGCUACCCGACUGUGGCCUCUGCGCCUCACUCCAUCGCCAACGGGUUCAAGAACCUGCUCGCCAUCGCCGCCGUCACCGAGGUUGAGUUCAAGGAGGCUACCACCAUCAAGGAGUUCAUCAAGGACCCCAGCAAGUUCGCCGCUGUGGCUGCUCCCGCUGCCGCAGCAGCCGCGCCCCGCUGCCGCUGAAGAGAAGAAGGAGGGAAGACUCUGAAAGCGACGACGACAUGGGCUUCGGUCUGUUCGACUAAGCCGGCACGCGAGGCCGAGGCGCCCCGCACACGACCGAUAGGCGUGUAGGAACUGUUCGGGAAGCCGGAGCCUCUUCGAGCCCCGUGGCUGCAUCCACGAGUGGGGACGGUCAACGCCGCCGGGUUGGACACCUAUAUGGCGGCCGACUUGUCUUACAUUUUGUGCUUGUAAUAAAUGCCACCUAAACUAA